AGCGGCGAAUAUAGCUCGUCCAGACCAGGAAGACUAGGACUAUACUACUCUCACACACAGAUGGCCAUGCGAGUAGGAGUGGUGGGGGCAGGUCCUGCAGGACUGUGUGCGGCGAGGCAUUGUCUAGCCAAUGGGAUGUCUUGCACAGUGUUUGAGCAGACCAAUGACGUAGGAGGCACCUGGCAGUAUACAGAGAGUGUGGGCAAGGACCAGUAUGGGAUACCCAUCCACACCAGCAUGUACAGGGACCUAAGAACGAACGUACCAAAAGACGUUGUAAAGUUUCCUGAACUAGAACACAAAGAGACGGCAGAAUCGUACCUGACUUCGCCUGAAAUCCUGCAAUACCUGAAGGACUACACGGAAAUGUUCAACAUUCGCAGUGUGUGCAAGUUCAAUCACCACGUGAAGAAGAUGAGUUUCAAGGACGGAAAGUGGCGCGUUACGGUCGUGGACCUUCCCAAUCAGCAAGAAAACACUUACACGUUCGACGCUCUCUUCAUUUGCAACGGGUUGAACAACACCCCGUUCUACCCCAAGGUGGAGGGUGCAGAGCAGUUCCAAGGGACAUUGAUUCACAGUCAUGACUACAGAGUACCUGAGCAGUUUCGCGACCAGAAUGUGGUCAUCAUAGGAGGAGGCGCCUCUGGGCUGGACCUCACAAAUCACAUAUCCAAGUGUGCCGCCAAGGUAUUCUUGUCUCAUCGUUCCGACCGUUUUGACGAGAAGAACGUCACACUACUGGACAAUGUAAUUUUCAAAACCGACGUCGUGAGUCUCACCAAGGACUCUGCAGUGUUUGGAGACGGGACUGUUGAGAGAGUAGACGCCGUCAUAUACUGUACAGGGUUCAAGUGCAACUACUCGUUCAUGGACGAGAGUUGCGGCAUCAGAGAGGACGACGGACUGGUCUACCCUCUGUACAAAUACUUCAUAAACGCCAACAACCCUACAAUGUGCAUACUGGGCAACCUGUGUAUGUCCAUGCAAUUCCCCACCUUCGACAUACAGGUCCGGUUCUUCGUCAAGACGUUACAAGACAGUUCCAUCCUCCCCUCCAGGGAAGGUAUGUUCCGCGACAUCGAGGAACACGCCAGAAGGAAGCUGGUGGACCCCGAGAUACCCAAGAAGAUGUACUUCAAGACAACCGUAGACGAAGACGCGCAGUACUACGACAACCUUGCCAAAAUGGCCGACAUUGAGCCUCUGCCCAAAGUCUUGAUCGAGAUCUUCGCCCGCGCCGUGGCGCAGAUCUACGGGAACUUCCCUCUCUUCAGAGAAGACAAGUAUAAGAUCAUCGACGACAAAACUUACGCUGUUUUCCCUCCUUCUGCUUAACUAGAUAAAUAUUUUGGCCGUUGUAAUUCUUAGAGUUUAUUGAUAUAACUGUUGGAUUAUGACAAAUAUAGUAGCUGUUUAUUGAAAUCGCAAAAGAAGAAAUUGCUGUAUGAAUGAAGUAUAAUCUUCUACUGUCCAAAACAUAGAAAACACUAAACGAUUACAAUUAAAUAGAGGAUUUACGUUUUAUGAUUUAAUUUGCCAUUCUCCAAAUCGAGUGUCUGAUUAUUUUCUUAAUUUUGUCAUAGAUUACAAGAAUAUUUGUAUCGCAAUUAUUUCUAAUAUUUGCCCAAUAAUCAAAAUUGUUGUAUUAUUUCUUGAUAAUACCCUCAAUCAAAUUAUUUACCAAGGCAGUUAAAGUUAUGGUUGAAAGUAGCAUACUUUUAUUGGACAUUGAUACACAAUAAAUAAACUUUUCGAUGGCCAAAUAAACAAAUGUGUAAGAUUUCAGUCAAUAGUAUAUUGUCAACUGUAAUACUCAUGAAUUACGUAUUAAUGUACAAGUGAACAUAAGUUUUAAUCUUAGCGUAAAUAUGUUGUGUUUCUGUUUGGGUUUUACUAACGACCCAGCUAUUAUUUAAUUUUUAAAAUACAUGAUGAAUGACCUUUUGUAAAAACUGUACAUGCUCUUGCUGUGUUGGUUAUUUGUGAUAUUACCAUUUAAGUUUUUAAGAUAACCUUUUGUCCAUGAGUUGUAGGCUAUUAGAAGAAGGAGUCUAUUCAUGUUUAUGUAAGAUUUUUGAAGGGUGUGACUAUUUUGAUAUUUAACUACUGUAUAUAGAUUGUAGUAAGAAUUCCAAGAUGCAUUUGACUCUACUUAACAGUUUUUGUCAACAAAUUUUGUAUUUGCAAUUUAAUGGCGACAAUUAAAGAGAAAAUAUGUGAUAUGUUAGUAAAAUUUAAUUUAAUAAAAUGUGCUUGGCUCACA